CCCCCCCCUUCCUCUUGCGGAUUUACACGGCGGAGCUGGAGCGGGAGCGACAGCGGCGGGGCAGUGAGCUGGGUUUUUAAAACUGAGACUCGCGAGGGAGUAAUAAUUGCAAAAGAGAAAACCAUCCAUUUCCUUCACAAAAAAAAUUAGCGCAGCAGCGGAGGAGGAGAAGGAGAAAGUGGACGAAGCCUAGUUGUUAGAUCGAAAUCUCUGGAAGCUUAACCUUCGGCUGCCAGGAUGGGAAACGAAGCAAGCUAUCCCCUGGAAAUGUGCUCACACUGCGCCCUGGGACCACCCUCGGCCUGAAUAGCUACACAAUGUCGGAUUGCACAUAUGCUGUCCGCUCCCAGCCUGCACGUGCAUGAAACUCCCAAGACUGGCCCCUAUUCUACAAGAAUUGAUGCUGAUGAGAUUAAACGGCUAGGAAAGCGGUUUAAGAAACUGGAUUUGGACAAUUCUGGUUCACUGAGUGUAGAAGAAUUUAUGUCCCUGCCUGAGUUGCAACAGAACCCACUAGUGCAACGAGUUAUAGAUAUAUUUGACACCGACGGGAAUGGUGAAGUUGACUUUAAAGAAUUUAUUGAAGGGGUCUCCCAAUUUAGCGUCAAAGGUGACAAAGAACAGAAAUUGCGAUUUGCUUUCCGCAUCUAUGACAUGGAUAAGGAUGGGUACAUCUCUAAUGGAGAGCUUUUCCAGGUGUUGAAGAUGAUGGUGGGGAACAAUCUAAAAGACACUCAGCUACAGCAAAUUGUAGACAAAACCAUAAUUAAUGCAGAUAAAGAUGGAGAUGGAAGAAUAUCCUUUGAAGAGUUCUGUGCAGUUGUAGGAGGCUUAGACAUCCACAAAAAGAUGGUGGUUGAUGUGUGACCUCUUUCAAGGCUCUACCCAACACUUCUGCUUUCUUCUCCAUUUCUGAAGAUCUGCUCAAGAUGUCCAGCAAUGCUUUCUGUGUAUUUAAUGGAAGUAUUUUCUCUGUGAAGCCACUUUUUCCAACAUGAGCCUAUAUGAAGCCAACUAAGUGUUAUUGAACUUCAAUUCUCUCAAUAACCCAGUGUAGCACUUUAAAAUCUGAAGGACAGCUGAAAAGGAGCAUCUCAGUGUGGUGGAGAAGGGGAAGGGGCUGGAUUCUUAUUUAUUUCAUUCUCAUCUUUUAUAACAAGGAAGUAAAACUAUAGCUUUGUAAAUGUAAAAGUAGUAGGUUGGGCUUUAAUAAACUUGAUGCAGAGACUUGAUUUAAAAUAAAAAGUAGUCUACGAAGUGCCAAGCAUGGAUUACAUAAAUCAUUUUAAAAUACUUUUGUCAUAAAAUUAUCGGUGUUUUUAUUUGGUUUCCCAUUAUAUGUAUUUCAUGUCUGGUAAUAAAAACUGUUGAAAAAUAGUUUUCAUGUGAACAGGGUUUAAUUAUACUGUUCUUGUUUUGGUAUGUUGACUAUUUCAAUGUAAACAUUUUUGCUUCUGGUCACAAUUAUUUACAUUUGUUUUCAUGAAUGUUCUAUGUUUGAGUUCCUUGUUAGGGACUGUUUCUUUAGCUAGUUCCUCUUCCAGUAAUUACUCCAGCAUAAUGUAGAUACCAAGAAACUUCAAGUAUGAAUGGCAGGAUGAUUAGGUGACACAUCUUUUUUGUAUAUUAACAUGGUAACUUGGUGAGGAUUACCAGUUAAAGACACUUAACCAGAAGUCAUUGUUUUUGCAGUCAUGUUGGAUUAAACUGCAUUAUGGACUUUGCAGGGAGACAGUAAUUGAGAACAGCAUAAUCUCCAACUACACAUAGACCAUUUAGAAAAGAUGCAGUUCAUUUCACUGUUUGGACAGGAAAUGGAAAACCACAUCUAUUAAUGUGGUCUUUUGUUCAGGAGAAACUUUAUAUUCAAAGUUAGCUAGUUAUACCUCCUGGUUAUCCUUUGUCACAUCCAGAAUGUGGAGUUGUAAUAUUUUAAGUUUGAAAUUAUUCUUUCUCAUAUCCUCAUCCAGUUGCAGUUUUGUACGUGUGCAAUGCAAGUUCGUAAACUGCAUUUAGAGUUCCUCUCUCUCUCAAAACUAUUGUGAUCCCUUUGCUUUCUAGUGGAGAUAGGGUAGGUUAUAAAGGAAGUAAACAAAAUUUACACCAAGAAUUGUUGCUGUAAUUAAUCCAGUCUCUUCAUUUAAUAAGAUGGAAAAGGGUGCUAAGAUCAAAUUGUUCAAGUACCUCUCUUCCAUUGCUGUUCCUUCAGCUAAGUGCUGCACACUGGUGGGCUCUGACUUUGUGAGAGAGAUCCAGGUGCUUAAUGUCCUUGCAUGAUAAACUUUUUGCAUGUAGAUUGAAAUGUUCCUCUUGUUUACAUAAAUUGCAAUGUUCAUAUAAAAGUUGCCAAAUGUUGGUAAAUGUUGAAGAAAAAGAACUCCACUAACUGUACUCUUUUCCUCUGGAUCAGUGCAUGGCUUGCAACUACAGCCAGUUGUAUCUGCUCCAGUGUCAACUGCCAUGUGCUCUGUUUCAAGGGGAAUCUAGUCUUUUGUGAAUUUAUUUGUACAUAAGUAUUUGUUAGUCAUGUAGGGAAUGCUCUUUCCCUUUGCUCGUGCAUAAUUUGACUGCAGUCCAAGGUAGUGCAUACAUCUUUUCCUUACUACAUGGGAAUGUUUUUAGUUUGUGUAGGGGGGAAAACAGUUAAUGUUGAAUGUUGAGUUUUCUUCUCUGCAUGUUGCAUCAUAUGCUGUGGGAUUAUUGGAACCUUCAUACUGUAAGUAAAUUGAAAAUAAAAUAUUUGAAACUUU